AUGCGCGACCAGAUUGAUGUCCACCACUGGACACUUCAAGAAGGGAGCGUUGCUGUUCCAUAUGACCUCCAGAUUCGAAAAGGCCUCGCGCCCAUGGACCAUUUUCUGGACUACUAUGUGCCCUAUACCGACUCGAUGUUUCGGGACAUGCGGCUGCCGCACUCCCUUGGCGAGGCCCCGAUUUGGGAUAGUCUGGAGAAGAAGGGCUUCAUCGACAACCACCGGCCAUCAGCAGAGUACAGAUGGGGGAUCAGCCGGCGGCCCGUGGACGUUUGGGAUCUGGUCCGCCGAGACUUGCUCCUUGAUAUCCGUGAAGGCUACAUAGUUGCUGCGCGCCUCCUCUAUGACAAGAGCUUUGCAGAUCCAACGGAAGAGGAGCCGAACGACAUCCUCAUGUUCUGCUAUUUGCUUCAGUACCUGUUUGACGUCAGCAUUGAAGCCAUCAACGGCUUCGCGCGGGUCAUGCAGAAGCUGUGCCCACCAUUCCAAAAGGGGGAGCUCUUCCCGCCUUUGAGCGCUGUUCAUGCUGGUGCUGUGUGUGCCGGGCUCAUCGAUCGCGCCUCACGCCUGGCACGUGGCAAGGACACUCAACUUGCAUUUGAGGCGGCGGAAUUCAACGAGGUGGUGAUGCAGCGCCUGGAGGAGAAGUUUUUCCUCUCGCCCAAGAUCUUUGAGGCCAUGGACCAAGACAACAGUGGCGAGCUGUCGAUCUCAGAGUUCGUGGAGGGGAUGCGGAACAUCGACAUGUACAAGGAGUUUCGUCACGAGCGCGUGCCGGAAGAUGUGCUUCGAAUGAUUGUUGCCGACUUGGCCCAGCGACUCUUUCAGGAGGUUGACGUGAAUGGCGAUGGUACCUUGACAGUCGAGGAAAUCGGCGUGGCCAUCCGGCGGAGGAGGACGGAGGCUCUUCGGCGGCAGCAGAAGCGGCAGUGGUUUCGGAAGCAGAUUUCCUCGAUUCAGCAGACGGUGGGCAUGCAGAAGGAGGGCGGCAGCAAGGCUCAUGAGAACGCGGUGAAGGAGGCCAAGCAGGAGGAAGUCCAAGCACGGGCACGCGAAAUGAAGCGCAGCCUGGAGUGGCAGGCAGAGGUGGAGAAAAUCCAUCUUCCGGACGCCUCGGUGGACCUGGACGUGGGCGUGUCCGUCACCUUGGGCUAA